AUGUCAAAUGAAAACUCUUCAAAUGAUUCAGUUGAUAAAUUUAAUCAACAAUUAUCUGAGAAAUUGAAGAUUUCUGAAAAUGACACAACAACUUUAGUACAAGUUAAAAAGCACACGGAUGAUUGCCAUAAAGUUUUGGUCACUAAAGAGCUUUUACUGCGUAUAUUCUGUGCAUUACCAAUACGUACUGUCUUAAAAAUGAGACUUGUCAAUCGUUUAUGGGAUGUUAUUUUACAAGAUGAUCACACCUGGCGAAAAAUACAUGAGUCCAAAUUUGAUUCGAUUCCACACUCAUUAUUUCAAAAUAAACAAUCUUACAAAACUAUAUGUCUUUACAAAGAAUAUCAAGAAUCAGAUUUAUGGACUAGUGUUAUAAAUUCUCUGGAUCCUGCUUCAUCUACACUUUUGAAGUAUUCACUUUUUUCUGAUCAAUCUUUCAUUAAUUCAUAUUCGUAUGAUAUCCUUGGUUGUAAGUUCAUAAGUAAUGAUAUAGCCAUUGCAAUUAUGUCACAGAAAAGAAUGGUUAUUGAUGAGAGGAACGGUAAUAUAAGUUUGAUAAAUGAGAGACCUACAAUAUCGAAUGUAGAUUUUAAUUUGGUGCCAAAUAUUCAAGUUGAGGUUUACAUCAAGAUUCUCUCGCUAAAUGUUAAAAGUCAACAAAACAUUUCUUUAGAUACUCAAUUGCUUACAGUCACACAGGAUAAUUUAAAUCAAGAUCUUAAUUAUAUCAAAAAUAUUUUUGGAAUUAAAUUUGGAGAUGAGCAUUUUAUGUACUCGCCAGAUAUUUCUUUAGGAAUUUGUAAAAUAUUUUCAUAUCCUGCCCAUCAUAUGAUAAAUUUUAAUGUCAAUAAUCCUCCACUAUUAGAAAUGUUUAUUUCGCGCAAUUUUUUAAUAACUCUAACAGAUACUGGAAUCUUCAAUUUGACAACAUUAGCUAGUGUUAAUGUUCAUUACCAGGAUUCUGUGGAAGUUCCUGCUAGUGCAAGAUUCAUUAUUCCAAUUCCAGAUGUGUCAAUUAAAAUUCAUACUGUAGGUUUUAGUCAACAACCAAAAGGUAGAAUCACUGCUUACUAUUUGGAUUCUAAUGAUUUUUUAUUUGUGGGGUAUAUUAACAAUGAUGAAAAACAUGUAUUUAGUGCUUGGGAUCUUAGUGAAAUAGGUCAAUAUAAAUUUUUUAAAGUUGGGGAAUAUGAACAAGCUAUUAUACAAUAUUAUGAAAUUUUACCAGGGAAAGCACACAGUUUUCUUAUUAGAUGGAAAAAUAAAAAUGGUGAAUAUGAAAAAAAUUUGGCUAAUAAUGAUAAUCAACGGUCUCAUCUUACUCCUCAAAUCUUUGUAACAUGUUCUGGUGGCCAUGUUUUGAUUUUUCAACCAGAAGAUUCAGAAUUUGUUUUCAAAAAAAAUAUUGAUCAAAGAUUUGCUUUAAAAAAAUUAAAUUUGAUUUGGAAAAUAAGUACAGGAUUAACUUCUUGUCGUAUUAUUGAAAAUUCAAACAUAUUAGAAAAUCAGUUCUCUCCAAACACAGAUUGGAUUUUUAUUUCAGCAAAGCAAUUAAAGGGAGAUAUGAAAGUAACCGUUGUUGUUCAAUUUUCUGUUUCCAACCCAGAUCCAAAAACAAGUAUUGAUGGUACAAAUUAUGGAUUUUUUUCUAUUGAUAAUCACAAUCCAAAUAUAAAUAAUAAAUCAAAUGAAGAAGUCACUAUUUAUAAAAAGAUUGUCCAUAGAGUAAUUUUUGAAAAUAUUCCAAGUUCAGGAUCAGUUCUUCAAAUACUAUUACAUCUUCCACACUCUUUACUUAUUGUUUGUCAAAGACGUGAACCAGAUUCGCUUAAAUUGCGGCCACGUUUUACUCUUUCUGUGUAUGAUUAUCAUAAUUCACAACUUGUUAAAUGUCUUCACCCAUCUGCACCAUUUGUUUAUUUAGUACCAAAGGGAUAUUUUGUCAUGGCACAUAAACCUAGUUCUAGAUUUGAUGUGGCUUUUGUAGAUUUAGUAAAUAAUAAAUAUCAAAUAAAAACAUCAGGAAAAACACCUUUACCAAAAUUAAAACCUGAUGGUUCAAAUAGAUUAAAGGUUAACAGAUCAUCUGGUAAUAAACGUUCGAAACAGCCUAAAGCAACAAAGAUUGAUAAAAGAAAAAGUCACCAAAGUAGUAAAAUUCAAUAUUCAUUCAGAGAUUAUGAUAUUGAUUAUGAUGAAGAGGCUUUGGAUGAUAAUGAUGAUAAUAUAGAAUCUGAUUAUCAUGAAGAUUUUUAA